UGCUUCUUCAUUUCAUGGUAGGUGGUGAAGAAGUAAUAACGUGUCCGGUCCGGGUGUGCUCUCCGUUGCAUCGCAGUAACCAUAGCUUUCCGAAUAGCAACACACAGAGUGAACACAGUCCCCCGUGGUGUGAAGCAAAGGAGUGUUGUGGCCGACCACCUGCAGAGGAAGAACCGAUCCGAUUCCCUGUGCUAACAAGUAGAAGUGAUCUUCCUUCCCUUCCGGCGAGGAAGUUGGUGUGGGUGGAAAGCACGACGGAUCCCUUUCGCCAGGAGAUGCGCAUGUCCGGGAACGGCCAACGGUCGGAUCAGCUGUCAAAACCUGCUCAGUCGCUCGGUUCUCCUCCUCGACAACGGAAGUCCGCAGCAGCAGCAGCAGCCGAGAACGAACGACAGUUGCGUCCGUACUGUUGUUGUGCUCUGUUUGCCAUCGUCGCAAGUGUACCUGCCGUCUGAAGGGAGUCAUUGUUUUGUGGAAAUCGCCCGUACGCCAUUGUUGUGUGGUAGACUGUUUCAUUGUUUUGUUAUUCGGUGUGAUAGUUUGGUGUAUUUCAUGUGACACGGCGGAAAACGACUUUUGGAAAGGUCAUCGACGGCUCCCUGGUGGGUUACGCGGACAAGCACGCGGGACGGCUUACUAAAGUAGGUGGUGUCCUUUCCCUGCAGGCUUUCAGCGGAUAUAAUUCACACACGUCGUACACAUCGUAACGUGUAACGUGCGACACCCAAACACAUCGAGUGCCGUCACCCGUUCGCGUUACGAACCCUUUACAGCCGAGGACGGGCUGGCACGAGCGAAUCUCAGUUCACUAGCGAGCGCACUGCCGUGCAGAAAGGGCAACGCACCAGAGACACGCUGCUGCUGAAUCACACUGCUGCCCUCCCGUUCGCUGCAGGAAUGUAGUGUGCCCUUGUGUCCGCUUUGGCGUGUCCCACCAAGUUCUGUGCAGUUAUUGAAACCUGGAAGAGACCAACCACAUAAACACUUCCAACCAGAGUGUGAACCCUCAGACAGAAUAUCACCACGAACAACAGCAGUAGGCCGUAACCAUGGUGCAGCCGUUUAACAACCACAGCGAAGCGAACGGAGGAGGAGACCGGCCACUGAACGGGCCACUGCCGACGGCUCCACCGCUAGAUGCGCCGGCCAACGAUGACCAGUUAGUGGAGUUUCUGGUGCUCGGCAACAAGGAAAACUAUGCGGUGCGGGCGGAUCGGAAAGCCAUCCUUGACUCGAACACCGGGCUGGCGCAGAUGCUGACCGGGGGCGGUGCCGGCGACAGCAAGCACGUUGUGCGCGGCGUCGAUCGUGACAAUUUCGUAACAUUUGUACGUUAUCUCGAAACCAAGUUCAUCAAAUUCGACUCCCCGACACACACGCUCGAGAUGCUCGAGCUGGCCACCCGCUACCAGUGCCGGCAGCUGGAGAUCCACUGCGUGAAGGAGCUCGAUAACAACCUGCACGUCGACCAUGUGCUGGAAGUGUACCGCGCGCUCUGGUUCUACAACUCGAUCGCCACCCCGAAAGCCCCACCGAAAGAGCCGAAACGGCGCUCUCGCUGUCCCCGGGCCCAAAAGGGUACCGCCGGCCACAGUGGUCCGCUCACGCCGGAAGAAUACUUUGCCGCCCUGCUCGCCAACUGCCUGCAGCUGAUCGACAUGCACGCGGAGGAGGUGUUCGGGCAGGAGGCUAUGCUGACGCUGCGCUUCCCCGAGCUGGAAAUGAUCGUGAAGCGGGACGCGCUGCAGCUGUCCUCCGAGACGGUGCUGGUGGAUCUGCUCUCCCGCUGGAGCCUGGAGGACUGCAAGCGCAAGCACGUCGACCCGACGACCGAGAACCGGCGGCGUGCGCUCGGGGCACUCUGUUACGCGCCGCGCUACCUCACCAUGACGCGGCGCGAGUUCGAUGCCGCCCGCGAACGCAUCGAGCUGCUCGAUCCGGCCGAAUCACAGCUCGUCGGCGACAUCCUGACCAGCGGAAUGCGCCGAUCGGCCUCGAAUCUCACCCCGGAGCAGCAGGCACUGGUCGCCCGGUUCCGUGCGCCCCGGCCCGACUUCCCGCUGCUGCCGGUGCCGCUCAGUGCCCGCAGCCAGCCGCGCAACUAUCCGAAGAAGAUGCGCAAGGCGGCCGAGGAAGCCGAACGGGCGCGGGACGGCCCGAAGAAGGGUUGCUGCAACCGGCUGCUGCUGAACUGCUGCUCCGUGUUUGCCUGCAUCUUUGACUAGCGCUGCUGCCUGUAGGUGGACGGGCCGUGCGACGAACACGGGAAGUGUGAUGGGAGGUAAUAUAAUGGAAUGUAAAAGGGAUGAGUUGAUCCGCUUUCCUUUGGCGGGGCAGGGCAAGUAUACAAUUUGUUGAUUUGUUUGCAGAAACAGAGCGUGCAAGUCGAUAGGUCCCCUCUUCCCGUUCAAUUCGUGCUGUGUGCGAAUACGACUGACCCACCGGCCAAAGACCGAUACACCCCAAAAACACUCACAACUCCUUGUGUGAAUCCUCCCCCGUAUCCUACAGCGGCAUAUGCGUAGUUGCAGUCACCUCUAGUAUAACCGGAACAUAGCUUUGAGCUUUUUCCUCUGCGAAACGAAAUCUCCGACACGC